AUGGCCAGCGAAUCCGUCAUCAGCGUCGAAUACCGCGGCCGCGUCGCCGUCCUAACAAUCAACAACGAAAAGAAGCUCAACGCCCUCUCACAACCGCAAUACUACGAACUCGCCACCAAACUAAACGAAGUAGCCGCCCACGACGAAGUCUUCAUCACCGUCCUCACCGGCAAAGGCCGCUUCUUCUCCGCAGGCGCAGACGUCUCCAUCGCCCGCGAAGCACCCUCCUCCCCCUCCGAAGCCCACAAGCUCUGGCUCCAGACCUUUGUCGCCUUCAACCUCAACAUCACGCACAUAUUCGCCAACCACCCCAAGAUCCUGGUCGUCGGGCUCAACGGCCCCGUGGUAGGCCUGUCCGCCGCGCUCGUCGGCUGGGCCGACUUCAUCUACUGCACGCCGCACACGUUCCUCCUCACGCCCUUCUCGUCGCUGGGUUUGGUCGCAGAGGGUGGUGCGUCGCGCGCACUGGCGGCACGGCUGGGUCCCGCGCGCGCAAACGAGGCGCUCAUCAUGAGUAAGCGGAUUGGGAGCGAGGAGCUGCUGCGGUGCGGGUUUGUGAAUGAGGUGUUUGACUUUGGGAAGGGGGAGGACGAGGCGUUUAGGAGGAGGGUGCUGGAGGAGGUGGAUGAGCGGCUGGGGGAGCAUUUGAACGGCGAGAGUUUGGUGGGCAUUAAGAAGUUGCUAAGGAGGCCGGAGGUGGAGGCGAAUAAUGCGCAGAAUGUGCAGGAGGUGUUUGCUGGGUUGGAGAGGUUUGUGAGGGGGAUUCCGCAGGAGGAGUUUCGGAAGUUGGCGAGCGGGGAGAAGAGGCAUAAGCUUUAG